AUGCCGAGUCGGACUCCGCCUCCGAUCCGUGUCCGUGAGGAUGGCCAGUAUAUAUCGCGGCGGCGGUGCAGCGACGCCGUAUCUCCAAUUCUCCACAUUCCACAUUCGGUUCCGUUCCGCCGCGAAAAAAAGCACCGGAAGAUGUGUUUCGCCGACUCCAAGCGCCCUCUCGAGAUGGUCCUCUACGACCCUGCCGCCGUCGCCGCGUGCCAGUCCCAGCAGCGCGCCAACAAGCGGGCGCGGCCGGACGAGGCCGCCGCCGCCAAGUCGUCAUCGUCAUCGUCAUCGUCGGCGGCGGCGUCAGGUGCGAUGGUUCCGUACGCGGGGAUGACCGUCCUUGACGUCGCACCCAUCAGUAGCGCCCCGCCCCUGCAGCUACGGCCGCCGCCGCCCGCUGCGGGUGCUGGCAGAGAAGAGCCGCCGUGCCUGCGCAGGCAUUUCCUCGUGGCGCUGGGGCUCCGCGCCGACCUGCCCGUGCACUUCAUCGGCGACAAGUGCGUGACGAGCACCGACCUGGACGCGCACCAGAACCGGUUCCGCAUCCCGCGCGAAGGUGUGGACCGCCGCCUUCGCCCGAUCCUGAGCCCCCAGGAGCUCGACGCCGCCAACCUCCUCGAGGACCCAUCCCCGGUGCCGAGGAAGAAGCGGCCGAGGCAGAGGCAGGAGCAGGAGCAGCAGCAGCAGCAGCCUGGACCGUCAGAGCCGCAGCAGAAUGGCGCCGCUGAGGGGAAGAAGAUGAAGAAACCCAAGAAGAAGGGGAAGGUGCACGGUGGGCUGCGCGUGAAGCUGGUGGGCCUCGACGCCGGCGCCAAGGAGGUGCAGAUGUCGCGGUGGGAGAGCAGCCUCGGCACGAUCGUCAAGGGGGAAGGGUACCUCCACUUCAUCCGGCAGUGCGGGUUCAAGGAGAGGGACAACGUCGAGAUCUGGGCCUUCGUGCAGCGCCGGUUCCACCUCUUCGGCGCGGACGUGUGCGACGGUAGCCUCCUGCACCUACUCGUCGUCAAAAAGCAAGAGGAACCCCGGUGCUGUUACUGCCGUGCCCCUGCGCAUGUGCCACCAGUCCCAGUCCCAGUCCCAGUCCCAGGCUCCUGGCUCCCACGCCCGGCAGUUGAAUCCAUCCAUCCAUCGGAAUUCGUGAAUGUGGAGAGUAGGCAGGACCCGAUCAGAUAUACUAUACUGUAG